GAAGGUCUGGAUGGAGCGAAGAUUCGAAGGAAACCUAAAGAUCGAGAGCUGAGGAAAGUGGUGGGAGCCUAUGAGUACUGGUUGGCAGCACAGCAUUUGAGGAGACUGGACUGAAAACUCAGGUCAGAGGCUGCCCCCUGCUGCAGCUCAAUUCUUGGGCGAGGCGAAACCAGCCCUCCAGGCUAUGGGAGGUGCUGUGGUGGACGAUGGUCCCACUGGCAUCAAGGCCCCCGAUGGGGGCUGGGGCUGGGCCGUCCUCUUCGGCUGUUUCAUCAUCACGGGUUUCUCCUACGCCUUCCCCAAAGCGGUCAGCGUGUUUUUCAAGGAGCUCAUGCAUGAGUUUGGGAUUGGCUACAGCGACACGGCCUGGAUCUCCUCCAUCCUGCUGGCUAUGCUGUACGGCACAGGCCCCCUCUGCAGCGUGUGUGUGAACCGCUUUGGCUGCCGGCCUGUCAUGCUCGUGGGCGGCCUCUUUGCAUCCCUGGGAAUGGUGGCCGCGUCCUUCUGCCAAAGCAUUAUCCAGAUCUACCUCACCACAGGGGUCAUCACAGGCCUGGGUCUGGCUCUCAACUUCCAGCCUUCCCUCAUCAUGCUCAACCGGUACUUCAACAAACGGCGCCCUAUAGCCAACGGGCUGGCCGCAGCAGGCAGCCCGGUGUUCCUCUGUGCGCUGUCUCCACUGGGGCAGCUGCUGCAGGACCACUAUGGCUGGCGGGGUGGCUUCCUCAUCCUGGGGGGCCUGUUGCUCAACUGCUGCGUGUGUGCUGCACUCAUGCGGCCGCUGGUGGCGCCCAAGGCGAGUAGAGGGACCGAGUCCCAAGCACCCCAGCGGCCAUCCAGGCGCCUUCUGGACUUGAGUGUCUUCCGAGACCGUGGCUUCCUCAUCUAUGCUGUGGCCGCCUCCAUCAUGGUGCUGGGGCUCUUCGUGCCUCCGGUGUUCGUGGUGAGCUACGCCAAGGAUCUGGGUGUGCCCGACACGAAGGCCGCCUUCCUCCUCACCAUCCUGGGCUUCAUCGACAUCUUCGCCAGGCCCACGGCCGGUUUCAUCACGGGCCUCAAGAAGGUGCGGCCCUACUCUGUCUACCUCUUCAGCUUUGCCAUGUUUUUCAACGGCUUCACGGACCUCACAGGCUCCACGGCCAGCGACUACGGUGGCCUGGUGGUCUUCUGCAUCUUCUUUGGCAUUUCGUAUGGCAUGGUAGGGGCUCUACAGUUUGAGGUGCUCAUGGCCAUCGUCGGCACUCACAAGUUCUCCAGUGCCAUCGGUCUCGUGUUGCUGUUAGAGGCUGUGGCUGUGCUCAUCGGACCCCCAUCAGGAGGCAAGCUGCUGGAUGCAACCAAAGUUUACAAGUAUGUGUUCAUCCUGGCCGGGGCUGAGGUGCUCACCUCCUCCCUUGUGCUGCUGCUGGGCAAUUUCUUCUGCAUCAGGAAGAGGCCUGAGGUGACACAGCCUGAGGUGGCGGCCUCAGAGGACACGCUCCAUAAGCCCCCUGUGGACGUGGGGGUGGACUCGAGGGAGGUGGAGCACUUCCUGAAGGAACAGCCUGAGAAAAAUGGGGAGGUGGUUCACACCCCAGAAACCAGUGUGUGAGUGGCCUGGCCAGGCGGGCAGGGAGCAGGGAAGAGGUCCAGAGACUGGCAACGCUCAUAUUUAUUUCACAAACAGGACCAGCUGAGGCGGGGCCAUCGGCUCAGCUCUGGCUGCCUGGUCAGCGGGUCAGUGUUUUGCGGGGAGAGGUGGCGGGGUGGGAACCGUGUCAUUCCAAAGUGGAUCUGCGGUGAAGCCAAGGGAGUCCCACGGUUACCAGCCGCCUACGCCAGGGACGAGGGACCCAGCCUGCUGAGCCCAAGCGGCCUGUGCCUCCCCCGCCCCCACUGUGGCCAAGGACCUAGAAACCCACACUUAGGAGACAACAUGACUUUAAUCAGAUGGCAGGGCUGGGACAGGUGGGUGCCGGCAGGUGGGUGCUGCCGGCAGGGUCCUCCCUGAUCCUAUCCCCAUCUCCAGCCCUCUGUUGUCUAGCCAAGAGCUCCUGUCUGACACGGUGGAAAUAGGCCUGUGUGCAGGAGGAGCGCCAGAGGGCUUGUCUCCAGGAGCUGUUUCUGGGCAGUGGUUUGUUCACCCUAAGUCCCACCUUUGUUAAAUAACAAGUUGCUGAUUCUUAAAAAGUGGUUCUGACAUCUUCAUU